AUGGCGGAGACGGACCUGGCGCUGUUCCCCGUGAAGACGGCUCUGUUUCUCGGGGGCUAUGAGAGCGUGAUUACGGAGGCCGAGGACGUGGAGGAGCUCACUGAGCAGCAGCGGGAAGAGCGGGACCUGUUCGUGCUCAGAGCCAAGGUCGGGCUGGGCCAGUACGACGAGGUCGCGGCCAGCGUGGACGACGACUCGCCGCUGGCGUAUUCGGCCGUCAAGAAGCUCGCGGAGUUCCUGUCGAGCAGCAGUGCGCGCCAAGGCAUCCUCUCGCAACUCAAGGAGUGGAGCACCGACCCCGCGUGCCAAGCGAACAGCGCCGCGAUGGCCAUCGCGGGGCAAGUGUUCCUCGCCGGCAACGAGCCAGCGGACGCGCUCCGGUGCUGCCACGCCGGCCAGGACCUGGAGCAGAUGGCGGUGUGCGUGCAGGCGCUGCUGGCGAUGAACCGCGUGGACGAGGCGGAGAAGAAGCUGAAGGCGAUGCAGGCCGCCGACGAGACCGCGACGCUCUCGCAGCUGUGCACCGCGUGGGUGGGCCUCGCGCUGGGCGGGCGCGGGGUGCAGGAGGCGGCGUACAUCCUGCAGGAGCUCGGAGACCGCUUCCACUGGACGCCUGCGCUGCACAGUGGUCUGGCUGUGGCGAAGCUGCGCAUGGGGCAGGUGGCGGAGGCGCUGAGCUGUGCGCAGGAGGCGCUUGCGCUCGACCCGAACCACGCGGACUCGCUGGCGACGAUGAUUGCGUGCCAGCUGCACAUGGGCCAGCCCGCCGACGACGCGUUGGCGCAGCUGCGGGAGGUGGCGCCGGAGCACUCGUUCGUGGACCGCAUGAACCGCGCGUCGGAGGCGUUCAGCGAGGCCGCGUCGCCGUACUCGUGA